UUUUUGACAAAUAAACAUUAAUGGCUGCUUGAAAGGAUUUUUGUGCGGUGUUGCGUUUGCAAUUUUUAUUUUCAAAUAAUUCAAUCAAAAAUCGAAUUAAUUGAGUAACAAAUUAAAGGCAAUCAAAAUAAUUAGUAUAAUCUCGUAAAUAUGUGGCCAACAGCAUUGCAAUUGACACGAGACGAGUGCCGUGGCAUAUUGCGAAGAUUGGAAUUAGAAUCUUAUGCAAAUGUAAUAAGUGUAUUCCGGGCUCAAGGUGGCCUAACCGAUACAAAAUCAAAACUGCUCGAAGAUCUGCGAAAUGUUUUCCAUAUAUCACAGGAACGACAUCGAGCUGAAGCGCGCAGAGUGGCCAACGAUGAACAGCUAUCUACUAUUGCCGAAGCGAUUUCAGGUCCAAAUACUUAUCAAGAAUGGAGCAGAGAGGGACGUAGGCCGUAUCCUCUUCUGCCGCGUGUCCCACCACAAACAGCUUUGUGUGUGGUUGCAAAUCAUGUUGCGGCAGAGGUAACAAAUGAGAAUUCCCAAUUGCCAUAUCCAUCGGAGACUGGAAAUCUGCAACAGACGAAACAAGAGUUAAAUCCCGAACGAUUGAGUGAAUCUUCUUGUGUACCAAUUGUCACAUCAGAUCCAUUUCAACCAGAAAUACCAGACAUACGUAAAACUCUUAAAAGAAAUCUUCCCACAGAAGCCCCAAGCUCGACAAAAAAACGAAUUGUUUCAGAAAUUUCUCCCAGUGCCACCACGGGCGAACCUCCUCUCAGUCCAGCAACACAAAUACGUAAACUCUAUCACAAUCAUAGCAAAACACAAUCAACCAAGAAAAAUACCCCGGCGAAAAAGUCCACUAAUUCGCCCAUGAAACGUCCAACAGCAGCUUCUGCUAAAAAACGUCUAAUCAGUGGAGAAACUGUAGACUCGAAUAAAGCAAACAACGUCGUCGUCGUCAGCACCGCCGCAAACCAAUCUCAAUCUUCAUCGGCAGCUUUGUGCAGUACCGCAUCUACUGCAGCAAAUAUUGAAGUUAUUCCACCACCACCAUUAUUACCACCAACGCCAUCAUUAUCUUCAGCCUCAUCGGUAACAUCUCCAGAAAUCAUAAAUGAACUUCAACAAACUUCAGCAACAACACCAACUACAACAAUAACAACCCCAAGCAUCCCACAAAUUGCCACAUCGAAGAAAGACAUAUCAAAGAAUCUUUCUAAAUUGAAUUUGAUCACAAAUCAACCUGUGCUGCAGCAAUCUGACAAGCUCCCCGAAUGCAAGACUGAGAAACUCUCCACACCAGUUCAAAAGUACAUAGUCGACAACCGCACUCCCAUGUUACCCACACAGUUUUUGGAUAAACAACAAGUCAUAACUACAAAAUUAAAGCCUAUGACAACAAUUGUGCCUACACAACUCUCUACAUCGUCUAAAGCCAAGGUUACUAGUGUGAAAACAAUAAAGAGUGGCGAUAUACUCUGCUCCACGCCAGUCAGUAGCCAACCACAGGUAUUUAAUAUUAUCGAUGCCAGUAGUCCACCAUACUUGCCACACACUCCUCCAGCUAUAAUCAAUAUAAGCAGCAAGUUCGAACCAGAGCAUGGUAAAGUUUUGAAAACAAAAUUGCUGCCUCUUAUGCUUUCUUCUGGCAGCAAGAUCGAACCCAAUAACGUCAACUUUAGCCCAAUGAAAAGCUCCUCUUCUCCUGCGGGGACAGUUUUCCGCAAACCAAACAUAAUAAAACCUAUGCCUACAACGAUCAAACCGAAAAUUCAUAUUACCAAUCAGCAAAUCAUCUCUCCUCCCACCGUAGCUAGCUUAAAGAUGUCACCCCAUCUACACUUGAAAGGUGUACCAGGUGGUGGACCGAUUCAUAAUCGAAAUAGUGUCAAAAUAUUCUCAUCGUCCAAUGGCAAGAUGUUUAUACAAUCUGCUGAUAGUUCAGCUAAACAGAUGACUAAGGUAAAUACGAUUGUGUCAUCACAAAAGGGAUUGGUCAACACGAGCACGCCUCCUGGCCGAAUAGCGAUACAAAAAGUUCACAUAAUACCGGCGCCUGGAACAGUGGCAUCAUCUUCCGGUACAACAUUGGGCAAUGUAACAAUCCCCAAGUCAAUGGCAAUCACAAAACCGAAUAUGAUAAUAAUGCCAAUGACGGGACAACAGACUAUGAAAGGAUUGCCUAUUGUCAAGAGCAAUAAAUUCUCCGCAGUGCUUCCGACACAAAUGGCAGUUCAAGAAACUGCUGCCACUAAUCCGAAAAGCAAUGUUAUCGUUAUUGGUUCGGUACCAAGUAUGUCACAGACAAUCUUGCCCAAGGAAAUGCAAGGGUUUAGCAACAGGAACAGCAUGAUUACAGAGGACACUCCGGUGGACAUUAUUACUACUCCGAUAAUAGUCAAUGUAGACAGCAUAGGUUCACAAUCGCUUAAGCCCACCGAAACCAUUGAUUUGACAACAAUGGCUGACAGUCAUUCGAAUUCUCCUACGCAGUCGAAGAAAGCUGCUGCCGCGGUUGCAUUAUUACAACCGAAUCGACUGACUUCUGAGACGUCAUAUGUAGAGUCCAGCAGCGGGGGAAAAAUUGAAAGUGAUGCAUCUCCUAUCAAAGAACAGCAACAACAAGAAUCCAUGGUUAUUGGCGUAACUGACUGGGAAAUGGAACUCGAUCAGGAAGCUAGUAAAACACGGGCGAUAAAUGCGGAAAAGAUUCGUAGGCGAAAUAGUGUUGAAAAUAUGGUGAUUGGAAGUGGAGCAGAAGAUGAUGGAAGUUCAGAUGAACAUUUCGUUGAAGACGAUGUUAUAGAGGAACAUGAGGAGACAGAAGAAGAAAUGGAAAUUGCGGCUGGUAUGGAGAGGGAUAAGCGCGAUAGGAAAAGGGAAAGAGAAAUGACUGAAAAGAAGAGGCAAGAAGAGCUUGAAGCACAUCGACAGCAUCAUCAAUAUGAUGAGGAUGAAGAAGAGACAAUUGAAGUUGGCGAUGAACAAAUGAAGUCUAGCGAAGGCGAUGUUAUUCAAUAUGAUGAAUCUUAUGAAUCCGUAAAUGAAGAACUUGACGAGAGUAUCACAAUUGAAUAUGUUGAAGAUGAACAAGAUGGAUAUGAGGAAAAAAUCAACUCAACAUCCAGCGAUCAAAAAGACACUACUACGGAAAACAUAAAGCAAUCAACUGCUGCUAACCCACUAGCAGAUGAUCAAACCCAAGCAGAACCCAGUGAAAAUAAAUCCCAAAACGAUUCUACUAUGGUUUCUGUAGAAGAGAUUUCUUCUACAACACAACAAAAUAUUUCUAGCUCCAAGAGUGAUCAUUGAACACGGAAAUAAUCUUGCAAACCAAGAAACAAUUGAUUUGCAUAAAAAAGAAGUCUUGAAAAAAAAAUUAUGGUUGUUGUAAAUUUUUAUGAAUUUAAUUCAGUUGAACGAAAGAAGAUUUUUUUUU